AUGAAGUUUCUUCCCCUUCCUGAGAUUGAAGACGUUACUAGUUCGCUCAAUUUCGACACUGCUGAUUGUCACAUCCUCGGAGGAUGUGACCUCUACACGACCAAGGCGGCCCGAGCUGAUCGCAAGCUGUACAAGAACAUCGAGCAAUCGCUAGAGGCCCAGUAUGAAUCGGUACUUCGUUUGUCGGCAUCAUUAUCACCUCCGAAUGCGUCAGACGCUGCUACUUCGCUUAAUCUGUCUCGUUCUAGCCCCUUCGGCCCCCUGAGUGAGCAUUCGAGUCGUCGGACUUUCGCGUAUUUAAUCGCAACGUUAAAUGCAAGUCAUCCUGAUUAUGACUUCUCGCAUGUUUUACGUCCCUCAGAUUUCCACCGCGAACGGAAUUUAAAGAGGGUGAUGAAUACGAUCGACACGACCCUUUUCAAUCUGCGGCCACGUGAAGCUAUCGAUCUUACACCUCCAUCGCCCGUUACAAUCUCGGGGUCAUACAAUGCAGGCGCAUCUUCGACGUGGGGACCACGAAUGUGGAGGACAAUUGACACGCAGAUGUCCCUUAAGGAGUGCUCAAUCUAUACUUAUUCACCGGAGGAAGAUCCCUCGGAUGCUGAUGAUGGUGCAAUAUGGAGUCUCCACUACUUUUUCUUCAAUCGACUACGGAAGCGAGUUUGUUACCUCUAUCUAAGGGCGAUUCCGAUUCUUAGCCACACGCCAAGCGAAGGUGUUGUUAGCACACCGACCGCAAAGAGAGCGUUUGAUGACGGGUACUUAACACCCGACUUGGGAUCAAGCAAACGUUCUCGCUACUGGCUUGGGGAUCGAGCCGACCUUGAGGGACAGGAGAGUGAGAGUGAUGACGGGCACAACGAGAAUGAUGAGUUUGAACCUUCACGUCCAGUGGUGGAUGAAUAUGAUAAUUAUUUGCUCAGCGACGAAGAAUUCCGAUCCAGGUCCGGUAGCAAAGGGACCGUUCGCGCUAUGAGUGAGGAAAUUGCUGACUCGAUGGAGGUUUAA